AUGGCGAACCUUUACUUUGCGCACUCGAGUGCGCCUCUCAAGACGAUCCAGGAGAUCCAGUUUGGUCUCCUGUCGCCUGAAGAGAUCAAGAACAUGAGCGUGGCUCAUAUCGUCUACCCUGAGACAAUGGACGAGACGCGAACCAAGCCUCGUGACGGCGGCCUGAACGAUCCUCUGCUUGGAUCUGUUGAUCGCCAGUUCAAGUGCAAGACUUGCACCGAGAACAUGUCGGAGUGCCCUGGCCACUUUGGUCACAUCGAGCUUGCCAAACCUGUCUUCCACCCGGGCUUCAUCAAGAAGGUCAAGAAGGUCCUCGAGACCGUCUGCCACGGUUGCAGCAAAGUGCUGGCUGACAGGAGCGACCCUGAUUUUCUCGCAGCCGUCAAGACGAGAGAUCCCAAGGUCCGAUUCCAGCGCGUCUGGGAGUGUUGCAAGAAGAAGAAGCGCUGCGAGAACGAGGUCAAAUCGGAGCAGGAUGACGAGUUCGACCCUCUCGGAAAAUCCAACAAAGAGGCUCCGCAUAGCCACGGCGGCUGUGGAAAUCCCCAGCCUGCUGUGCGUCAGAAUGGUCUGCAGCUCUUUGCCCACACCGAGUCUGUCCAGGAAGAAGGUGGGAAGGUCAAGGACAAGAAGCAGAUUACUCCGGAAGCUGCACACAACAUUCUUCGUCGUAUCACUGAGAGCGAUCUCCGUGAUAUGGGCCUGAACGUCGACUACGCGCGCCCCGAGUGGAUGAUCAUCACCGUCCUUCCCGUUCCUCCCCCUCCUGUCCGGCCCAGUAUCUCCAUGGACGGUACUGGCACGGGUCUUCGGAACGAGGACGACUUGACCUACAAGCUUGGUGAUGUCAUCCGCGCCAACGCGAAUGUACGACAAGCUCUGCAGGAGGGAUCCCCUGCUCAUAUCGCCUCCGACUUUGAGCAGCUCCUGCAGUAUCACGUUGCAACUUACAUGGAUAACGAUAUUGCCGCCAUUCCCCGUGCGUUGCAAAAGAGUGGCCGCCCUGUCAAAGCUAUCCGUGCCCGUCUCAAGGGUAAGGAGGGUCGUCUUCGUGGAAACUUGAUGGGAAAGCGUGUGGACUUCUCCGCACGUACUGUCAUCACUGGCGAUGCAAACAUCUCUCUGGACGAAGUCGGUGUCCCCCGCAGCAUCGCUCGCACGCUGACAUAUCCGGAAACUGUCACGCCAUACAACAUUGGCCGACUUCACCAGCUUGUCCAGAAUGGACCCAACGAGCAUCCCGGUGCCAAGUAUGUCAUUCGCUCCGACGGAACCAGGAUCGACCUGCGGCACCAUCGCCGCGCUGGCCAGAUCUCCCUCGAGUACGGUUGGAAGGUCGAGCGCCACCUGAUCGAUGGCGACUACAUCAUCUUCAACCGUCAACCUUCUCUUCACAAGGAAUCCAUGAUGGGUCACCGCGUCCGCGUUAUGCCCUACUCCACCUUCCGACUGAACUUGUCAGUCACAUCCCCUUACAACGCUGAUUUCGACGGUGACGAAAUGAACCUGCACGUACCCCAGACCGAGGAGACUCGUGCCGAGGUCAGGGAGCUGUGCAUGGUUCCCCUCAACAUUGUGUCUCCGCAGCGUAAUGGUCCUUUGAUGGGUAUCGUUCAGGAUACUCUCGCCGGAGCUUACAAGAUCUGCCGUCGUGACGUUUUCCUCACCAAGGAGCAGGUCAUGAACAUCAUGCUCUGGGUCCCUGAGUGGGACGGCGAAAUCCCGCGACCUGCUAUUCUGAAGCCCAGACCCCGUUGGACGGGUAAGCAAAUUAUCAGUUUGAUUAUCCCCGAGACGGUCAGUCUGCAGCAGGGCAAGGAUGCCUCCCCGUUGACCGACGAUGGAAUCUGCAUCCAAGGUGGCCAGCUGUUGUAUGGCUUGUUGACCAAGAAGAUCAUUGGUGCAGCAAGUGGUGGUGUUAUUCACAUCUGCUACAACGAGCUGGGCCCGCAAGGUGCCAUGGACUUCCUCAACGGCUGUCAGCGCGUCGUCAACUAUUGGCUCCUCCACAAUGGUCACAGCAUCGGUAUCGGUGAUACGAUCCCUGAUAAGGCGACUAUUGAGAAGGUUCAAGUACACAUUGAUGAGCAGAAGGACGAAGUCCGGAAGCUCACCGCUCAAGCCACGGCCAACGAACUCGAAGCGUUGCCUGGUAUGAAUGUGAGAGAGACUUUUGAGAACAAGGUCUCCAAGGCCUUGAACACUGCUCGUGACAAGGCAGGUACCACUACGGAGCAGAGUCUGAAGGACCUCAACAACGCUGUCACCAUGGCGCGUUCCGGUUCCAAGGGCUCCUCCAUCAACAUUUCUCAGAUGACGGCGUUGGUCGGUCAGCAGAUUGUUGAGGGCAAGCGCAUUCCUUUCGGGUUUAAGUACCGAACGCUCCCUCACUUCACCAAGGACGACUACUCGCCAGAGUCCCGUGGCUUCGUUGAGAACUCGUAUCUUCGUGGCCUCACCCCCACCGAGUUCUUCUUCCACGCUAUGGCUGGUCGUGAGGGUUUGAUCGAUACCGCUGUCAAGACAGCUGAGACUGGUUACAUCCAACGUCGUCUUGUCAAGGCAUUGGAAGAUGUCAGCGCCAAAUACGAUGGCACCGUGCGCAACUCGCUCGGAGACAUCAUCCAGUUCCUCUACGGAGAAGAUGGUCUCGACGCUAUGAAGAUCGAGAAGCAAAAGGUCGACCACUUCCUCAUCUCCGACAAGGCGUUCGAGAAGCGGUACAAGCUCGACGUCAUGGAUGAGAUGUUGCCGUAUGACGUCUACGAGUCUCCGGCCGACAUUGCUGGCGAUGCUGAUGCACAACGUCUGCUUGAUGCCGAGUACGAGAAGCUGCUUGAUGACCGAGCCGAGGUGCGGGUCAUCAACAAGCGCAAGAAGGAUGAGGACAUGAUGCAGCUGCCCCUCAACAUCAUUCGCAUCAUUGAGACCACGAAGAAGGUGUACGGCAUUCGUGACCAGGACCGAAGCAACCUCCGCCCCCAGGAUGUCAUUCCUCGUGUUCAGGCCAUGCUCGACUCCAUGGUUAUUGUCCGUGGCAACGACGAGACCUCGCUACAGGCUGACCACAGCGCAACCAUUUUGUUCAAGGCGCAGCUACGCUCUCGUCUAGCAUUCAAGCGAAUUACGGUACAAGACCGCCUGAGCAGCAUCGCCUUCAACCACAUUAUCGGUGAGCUUGAGUCUAGAUGGGCCAAGGUUAUGGUCAACGCAGGCGAGAUGGUUGGUGUGCUUGCCGCCCAGUCCAUCGGAGAGCCCGCUACCCAGAUGACGCUGAACACCUUCCAUUUCGCCGGUGUCUCUUCCAAGAACGUCACUCUUGGUGUUCCGCGUCUCAAGGAGAUUCUUAAUGUCGCGAGCAACAUCAAGACUCCUGGUAUGGUUGUCUACCUGGACGAUGCCGACGGACCGCCCACCCAAGAGCGGGCGAAGGAACUGCGUAGCGUUGUAGAGCACACCAAUCUUCGAUCGGUCACUGCCAUCACUGAGAUCUACUACGAUCCUGAUGUUCGCGCUACAAACAUUCCCGAUGACAUGGAUAUGAUCGAGUCAUACUUCCUCAUCCCCGACGACGUCGCCACCAAUCUUGACCAGCAAUCACGCUGGCUGUUGCGCAUUACUCUCGACCGACAAAAGAUGCUCGACAAGAACCUGAGGGUCGAGGAUGUCGCCAACCGCAUCAAGGAGGAGUACGCACAGGAUGUUGGCGUCAUCUUCAGCGAUAAUAACGCCGAGGAGCAGGUGAUCCGUAUCAGAGUCGUCCGGCCAGAUGAUGACAAGGACGAUGAUAACUCUAGACCCGAGGACGAUGUCAUGCUGAAGCGACUCGAGGCUCAUCUGCUCGACUCGCUCACCCUCCGUGGUGUUCCUGGCAUCGAGCGUGCUUUCUUGAACAAGGAGGCACGGCUCGUUGAGGCGGCUGAUGGCUCCCUCAUUGCAAUCAAGGAUGACAAGCGAUGUGAGGAGUGGUUCCUUGAUACUCAAGGUACCUCCCUGCGUGCUGUUCUCGCCGUUGACGGCGUCGACUGCAGGCGCACUACCACGAACGACCUUCACCAGGUUGUGGAUGUCUUUGGUAUCGAAGGUGCGCGUAUGGCGCUGCUCCUUGAGUUGACCCAAGUGCUCGCCUUUGAUGGUUCUUACGUCAACCAUCGCCAUCUGGCCCUUCUGGUGGAUGUCAUGACCUACCGUGGUUCUAUCGCCGCCGUCACUCGUCACGGUAUCAACCGUGCGGAUACUGGUGCACUGAUGAGGUGUUCUUUCGAAGAGACGGUCGAGAUUCUGCUCGAGGCCGCCGCCGUCGGUGAGCUUGACGACUGCCGUGGUGUCUCUGAGAACGUGAUGUUGGGCCAGCUUGCCCCCAUGGGUACCGGCCACUUUGAAGUGCUCCUGGAUCCCGCAAUGCUUGAGACGGUCAUCUCGGAUAACUCCCGUAUGGGUCUCAUGCCUGGCAUGACCAUCAAGGGUAACCAAGCUGAGGGCGCUGCUACUCCCUAUGACACGGGCUCUCCCAUGGCGGAUUCUGGCUACAUGAGUCUGGGAUCCCCGACUGCAGGCAACUUCUCGCCCAUUGUCGGCGCUGGCAACGCUACGCCCGCUGGCUUCAACACCGAGUAUGGUGGCAGCGGCUUCGGCAGCCUGGGUAGCGUCAACCCCUACUCGGGCACAUCGCCACGCCCGACUAGCCCUUUCAGCUCGUCCCCCACGUCUCCCUUCAGCAGCGGCUACGGAGGCUACUCACCUUCUUCUCCCUCGGCGGGCUACUCGCCUACCUCCCCACAGCUCGACAUCGUUGGUCGCUACGCCGCGUCGCCCAACUUCAGCCCUUCCUCGCCCUCGUUCUCCCCCACCUCCCCGGCGCUCCGCCCCACGAGCCCGUCGAGCCCCAACUACAGCCCGACCUCGCCGAGCUACUCGCCCGCUUCCCCGUCGGCCGGCAAGCACUACAGCCCCACCUCGCCGCAGUUCAACUCGCCGACGAGCCCGUCCUACUCGCCGGCCAGCCCCAACUACAGCCCCACCUCACCCAACCUGCACGGCGCCGCGGGCGCUCUUGGCGGAGCCACCAGUCCCACCUACUCGCCGGCGUCGCCUACGUGGUCGCCGACGUCGCCGGAGGGCUAUUCACCCUCGAGCCCCGUCUUCCAGCGAUCGCCGGGCCAGAUGCAGUCGCCUACUAGCCCGGGCUACUCGCCGACUCUCGCCAACAUCUCCUACGAAUGA